GAUAAUUUUAAAGAUUAUAACUUUAAUAAAUAUAUUGCUAAAAUAGAGAAAUUAGAGUAUAAUAAAAUGCUUAAUUUAGAUAUACAAAUUUUUAAAAUUAAUAGUAUUAAUACUAAUAUCAAUAUUAAUGCUAAUGAAAUUUGUGAUAUAACUAAUAAAGUCAAAGAUUCUAUAAUAGAAAUUGAGGAAACUAAUUCUAAAAGUUGUAGUUUUGUAUUUGUACUAAAAACAAGUACAACAAGUAUUCAAGAUCAUUUAAUUAAAUAUGAAUUAUUAGAAAAAAAAGCUAUAAUGAAAAUAUAUUCUGAAAAAAAACAAGUAGAAUAG